AUGGUCAACUGGACUGCCGACAAGGAUCAGAUCAUCCUCAAGGGCAUCUUCAAGUUCCACGAUAUCAAGAGUAGCGCUCCGCUCCUCAAGUACUUGUCUGAAGAGAUCGGCGGCGACUGUACCCCCAAGGCCGUCUCCCACCGCCUCACCAACAUCCGCAAAGGCGGCACCACCUCCGCCAACGCCGGCACCGUCGCAUCACCAAGGCCCGCUGCUUCCAAGCCUAAGACUCCCCGUUCCAAGGCCAAGCCCGUUCCGCGUAAGGAGAAAGCUGUCUCUGAGGACGCCGACAGCGAUGGUCCCCAGGGUCUGAUGGAUGACGACGAGAUCCUCUCCCCCACUGCUUCCCGUGGCAAGCGCACGUUGAACGGCAAGCGUAAACCUACUUACGAUGAGACAAGCGAUAAGGAGGAGGAGGAGGAGGUCGAGGUUGAGGACGAGUAUGUUCCGAUGGCUAAGCGGGUUAAGGAGGAGCCGGUUGAUGAGGAGGGUGUUGUCGUUGAGGAGCUCGCUGAGGAAGAGGUCUAG